CUAUGGUUCUACCGCCCUAUCUCGUGUAGCUGCGCCCACCCCAUCAUUCAAGCAACCAAACAAACAUGUAAACCUUCAUAACGGAGUGAGUCUUGAACUUGAAAACAACGUGUUUAUAAGCUAUUGUACUUUUAUUAUCUAGUUGCUCGCUCCAAUGGUUACUUCGUUAAUGGACUUUAUUUACUUUUCCGAAAUACGUGCAUUUGUCGCAGUUUAGCCAAGAAUUAUGGACUUUAACGCUCACGGAGCAGAGCUGACGUGUUCGGUUAACAGAGGAUAAAUCGACAUCCGAAACGAUAUUGUUAUGAGGGACCGACUGGCUGAUUUGAAUGCGGGUAGGCAGAGUGUCAGUGAUGAUGGGGUUGUCACUGUGUCCAUGGAGAGAGAUGGCUUCAUGCAGGACUUUUUCAGAAAGGUGGAGGAGGUCAGAUGUGUCAUUAAAAAGAUCUCCUUUCUGGUCACUGAGGUUAAGAAGAAACAUAGUUUGAUUCUUUCUGCCCCCAAUCCUGAUAACAAAACAAAAGAAGAGCUGGAACAACUCACAGUGGAAAUUAAGAAAAAUGCCAAUAUCGUUCGAAACAGCCUUAAAUCCAUGCAGCAGAGUCUUCCUCCAGAGGAGCAGAUGAGCCAAGCAUCAGUAGAUGUACGCAUCCAGAAAACUCAGUACACUAACUUGUCUCGUGAGUUUGUGGAGGUGAUGACGCAGUACAAUGAAACCCAAGUGUCCUUUAGAGAGAAGAGCAAAAGCAGGAUUCAGAGACAGCUGGAGAUCACUGGAAAAGUCACAACUAAUGAGGAAUUGGAAGAAAUGCUGGAGAAUGGAAACGCAUCUGUUUUCACUUCUGAUAUCAUCUCAGACUCCCAGAUAACCCGCCAGGCCCUCAAUGAGAUCGAGUCUAGACACAAAGACAUCUUACGUCUGGAGUCCAGCAUUAAAGAGCUGCAUGACAUGUUUGUGGACAUGGCAAUGCUCGUGGAGACACAGGGUGAGAUGAUUGACAACAUUGAAAAAAAUGUAAACAAUGCAGUAGAAUAUGUCGGUCAAGCUAAAGUGGAGACCAAAAAAGCUGUGAGAUACCAAACACGGGCCCGCAGGAAAACAGUUUAUGUUGCCAUUUGUGGAGCUGCGUGCGUAAUUCUUCUUCUUCUCAUCAUCAUCGUUGGAGUUUACAGCGAAUAGUCACCUGUAGCGAAGCGCUGGUUGGGUUUUUUUCUCUUAACAUGACUGCCUUUGAGAAACUAAGCUGUAUGUCAUUUGAAAUGUUUCAAUGAUUGUAUAUAGCUAAACACUAAAACCUCAAAAUUUCCUCUUGAAUAUGUAUUUUAUUUUGCACCUAUGAAUUGUGUAAACGCCAGCACUGAUUUCUGCUCUUUUUAUGAUUUGAAAUCUGUGCCACUUUACAAUAACAACCAGAGGUCAUUUUCCUGCUCUUUUAUUUAUUUAAUACUGCUAUUCAAACUUUGCACAGUUUGUAAUGUUUUUGAUAUCUGUUACUUCAAAAAUAGUUAUUUGUGCCUUGGGAGGUCUGACUGAGAAAUGUGGAGAUAAAUUCAGUCCAGCAAAGUGCACUUAAUAAGAUUUUACUGAGCAAGGGGUUGUACUCAGUAUUGAUGAGUUCAACACAGUUUGUUGUUUCACUGGUUUGAACAUGAUGGAUCCACACAAUAUGAUGUUAGAUCUAUGAACAAUGUUACAAAACAUAUUUUAAUCACUUAAUAUUGUUCCUUUAUGUGUCUUAUGUGACCAUCAGAAAGGUAACCAUGGAGUUAUAGUCAAAUAUUCACAUGGUGUAUUGUAAAAUAAAUAUAACUUGCUCACUGUUUAAA